CUGCGCUGUCCUGACCUGUCCUGACCUGUCUUGUCCUGUCCUUUCGGUUCAAGCAACCGACUUGAACUCUCAAACCAAUUGUUGCACUUCUAGUGACCUGUCACUUCUCUGAUUUUUGCUAUACUCUGCAUUAACCUACCAACCACCAGCCAAUUUGACCUGAUUCACUGUGAGAUUGACCCCAGUCUACCACAUCAGGUACACUUGUUUGCCCUGCCGCCCAAUUGCCCAAUUUCCCAAUUUCCCCUCACACACUCGUCCUCCCAUCGGCUUGUCCAGAGAUCAAAGAUCAGACUCACGCCUCAGAUCCUCUCGAGGACAAGAGACCUUUAUUCUACCUUUAUACUGUUCCUUUCACAGUACUCAAAAUCACAGUCGUCGUUCGUCGUUGUGCUUGCUGCGCAAAAGGCUCACAAUUGGCUGACAUUGACACAACAACCUGCGCUUGCUUGCGAGAUCUUCACAAGAUCCUCUAUCAAUGCCACCAUAACAAUAUAUCCCCUCUCACAUCAUGUCUGGAAGAUACGCUGUUGAGGAUUUACUAAAUCUACGAGCGUCGCCUCUUGUUCGCAGACCGUCUCGUCUGCCGCCAAACGAAGAAUGGAUGGGCCCUCAAGACGCCACUGCUAAACGCCCUACCACUAGGGGAAAGGCGGACGAACCGUCAAGCACCACCGACGCCUUUCAGAAGAGACCCCUGAUUGACUCUCAGCGAAGAACGACCACCGGUAUACACCUCGGGUAUCCUGCUUCUCUUACCUCUUGCUAAUCCGAGAUACUCAGACCCUGAACGAUUGGUGCUUGGCCCUCCUCGCCGGUCUUUCGCAUCUUCCAACACUCGUCCUACCGCAAAGACUCUAGAAGCGUCCGAUGAUACCAAGGACAGAUCAUCCUUUCCCGAGAAGACCAAGAUUUCCGACAGCUCCGACUCGAGGCGUCAGGGGCGGAGAGACACCCAGACUAAUGGUCGCUACGGAAAUCGAAAUGAAAGCGAAGAGCCAGAAGUCGAAUCUCGACGGGAAUAUGACCGUCGGCCUAAAUGGGGUGCCAGAGAGAGGACGGACCAUCAAGAUUUAGAAGAUGAUCAAGAUGAUUCACGUCCUCUGUACAAAAAAGAUUCACAUUCAAGAGCAAAGCUCUCGCAGUCUUGGUUCAGAAAAGAUAAUGGCGAAGCUCUCGAAGACACCAGGCGAGAUAAUGACAAACCAGGCGACUGGCGACGGGAUCGAACUCGCGAUCGGGAUUGGGAUCGCUCCAACAAGCCUGAGGCUGACCCUGAAUGGAUGGAUGCUGCGGACCCUGAAGAGCCUUUCCAAGCUCAUACCCAGGAAGACUUUCAGCGAUGGAAAGAGAGAAUGAAGGCUGGUGGAGCUUCCGCGGACAAGCCUGAGAAUACCUCUCUUGAAACUUCGAAGGUCGACUUACCCGAGAAGCAGCCCCAGAAAAUCGCUGUCCCAGAACCCGACGAUUCCAUGGACAAGUUUUUUGCCCGGUUCGAACAAAAGUCCACUGAAAAACAACCCACUACAACAAAAUCAGCCGGCAAAACACGAUUUGCCUCUCUAUUCAGUCCACCCGUGGAACAAAAUAAACAGGUCGAAGCCCCCUCUCCACCAGUAGUGGACAGGCCUUCAUCUGCUCAUCGCACCCAAGUGUCGCCAAAAGAUGCCGAUCAAGCUGGAUUUGCUCGCAUUCUGGAAAUGCUGCAAACCCGCAGUAGCAAUCCGACACCACAGAAUCAAGACCAACCAAAGCCCAAGACCCCUCUUUACGCCAGAGACACCCAAGCAAGGCCUGAAGGAGAGCCACAAGCCCCAUCUUCGGAUCUCUUGUCUUUACUGGGAGGCCGUGCUCCAUCUCAACAUCCAGAUCCAUCUUCCGGCCAGCCUGCACCCUCUGAUGAUCGAUAUAACGACUCUAGAUCACCAUCUGAACAACCUACACAUACCCGACAGCAAUCUAGUAUCCACAAAGACGAAAUGCUGUUGAACUUACUUCGACAGGCUAGCUUGGCCCAUAAGCCUCAUCCUCAAUCCCCGCAUCAGCCAUCGGACUACCGACCAGGCGGCGGAAUGUUUCCCAUGCCACCUCCACCUCCACCUCCCAACACUCGAGAGGACUCCUCUAGACCACGUGGCGCUCCCGCUCCGGGUCAGGAUCCCAUCAUGGCCCAACGACGGGACACAGGACGAUCCAUGUUUGAUGAGUCACCCAUGUCAAUGUAUCCAAUCGAGCCAGGCCCACGUGAACAACUUCAAAGACGCCCAACCAAUGGAACACCCCGGGGAUACGACGAUGAUCCUUUGAUUGCUCUCUUGAGAGGACAAAGCAACAAUUCUCCUAUACCUCCUCUACCUCAGCAGGGCGCACAAAGACCACCACCCCCUCCUGGUUUUCAGCGGCCUCCAGGACUGGAACAGAUGCCUCGAAGCAAUCCCAGCUGGCCUCCUCAGCAACCACAAGCCCAGCAGCAACCUCCUCCUCCUCCUCUACGUCAUCCAUCUAUGCCUCCCGGACUAUCCAACGUUCCACGAGGUAUGUCGGGUCCACCAUAUGGCCAGCCGCAACAAAUUCCCCAGCAACCGAAUAUGGUGCAACAGCCACAACGACCGCCUCCACAACGCAAAUACACCACUGAGUCACCUUCAUCAGCUGGACUACCCAACUUUCCACCCGGAAUGGGACCACCUCCAGGAUUCAUGAAUGCUGGUGGCCCUCCACCUGGAUUCCCCAACUUAGGACCAGGAAAUUUCCCCGGCCGAUUCCCACCGGAACUUCCCUCAGCUGGAGGCGGACGACCGUACAUGGAGAACAUGUACGGUGAUGGAGCAGGACGGGGAAUCCCGAAUUUUCGAGCAGGGGGAGGACCAGGGGCUGGAAAUGGUGGAGGAGCAAUGCCGGGGUAUCGAUGAGACAACCUGAAAUCAUAGCAUUGAUCCAUUGAUCAGCCUGCCCAGACAAGACCUCAACCCGACAGAGAUCUGGUUUACAUCAUGAACCCUAUCUCCCCAUCUCCCUGUCACUGUAAGCAAAAUACACACACGAGCUCAGCUAGCGAAUUAGGAUGGACAGUUACAAAUGGGACAGGAAAUCAGGCGUUCUAACAUGACAUAACAUGACAUGACAUGACCUGAUCUCAUUUUAUCAGAGAUUCAGCUAUUGAGCAUUGAGCUUUGAACGUUGAACAAAGGAAAUGACUGACAGGAGACAAAUGAAAUGCCACCAUCGAACAUGCAUGGCCAGACCCGUUUCAAGCACGUGCUACUCAUAUGUACUUGGAACUUUGCACGAAACGUGUCUUCAGCUAUCGUCGGUCUAACUUAGUCCACAUAACAGCCUUCAGGUAAAGCAAGGCAAGGCGAGGCAAAUAGGAAAGAACACGAACACGAACACGAACCAUUCCCCCUGACAUGAGCCCUGUCAAUCCAUUUAUAGUUGUGAGAAACAUACAAAGUCUUGUUUUUUCUAUCAUAUCUCAAUUUUUUUGUUCC